GAGUACGCAACCUGCAACAUCCGGGUCUUGUCUCAGUGGCUCUGUGCUCCUCAGAAGCUAACGUUAGCUAGCAAGCUGUCAAGCUGUCAAGUGGAGAGGCUGGGACAGACGUUUCAGCUUCCCCCUGGCUUGGCCACUCAAAGCUCCGGCCCACAAAUUUACAAGAAAAUCUGUUAGAAUAUACUUAAGAUCGCCAGCUGAGAUAAUGUAAUGCAACACGGGCGUUCGCCAAGAGGGACCUCCGCACUUACACAAUUUAUAUGCACUGAGUCUUGAGUGACGAUUGCUCAUUGCUAGCUAACUGGCUAGCUAGCCUAGCUAAACCGCCGCAAACCCUCUAGUUUCGUCGGUGUACCCUCUCUGGUGUGAACUGCGGCCAGUCAGUCCUGGUCACUGUCGCAGCUUCCGUUGCUGUCAACUGGUAUUUUGAAAAUUUGGUUUUAAGAGGGACACAAUGGGUGCAUUUCUGGACAAACCAAAGAUGGAAAAAUAUAAUUCCCAUGGUGAGGGUAACAACCUGAGGUAUGGGCUGAGCAGCAUGCAGGGUUGGCGGGUAGAGAUGGAAGAUGCACACACAGCAGUAAUUGGUCUGCCUCAUAGCCUCGACCUCUGGUCAUUCUUUGCUGUUUAUGAUGGGCAUGCUGGCUCUCAGGUGGCCAAGUACUGCUGUGAGCACCUGCUGGAGCACAUCACCACCAACUCAGACUUCCAGAGUGCUCUGCAGGAGGACCCCUCUGUGGAUAGUGUGAAGAAUGGGAUCCGCACAGGAUUUCUGCAGAUUGAUGAACACAUGCGAACCAUCUCCGAGAAGAAGCAUGGUGUGGACCGCAGUGGCUCCACCGCAGUGGGAGUGAUGAUUUCUCCAAGCCAUACCUACUUUAUCAACUGUGGCGACUCACGGGGGCUCCUCAGCCGGGGCGGAGCUGUGCACUUCUUCACACAGGAUCACAAACCAAGCAACCCUCUGGAGAAGGAAAGGAUCCAGAAUGCCGGUGGCUCAGUCAUGAUCCAGCGAGUUAAUGGGUCCCUAGCUGUCUCUCGGGCUCUGGGAGACUUCGACUACAAAUGUGUGCAUGGAAAAGGCCCUACAGAGCAGCUUGUUUCUCCUGAGCCUGAAGUUUAUGCAAUAGAGAGAUGCGAAGGGGAAGAUGAAUUCAUUAUACUAGCUUGUGAUGGCAUCUGGGAUGUCAUGGCCAAUGAGGAACUGUGUGAGUUUGUUAGGUCAAGGCUAGAGGUGACAGAUGAUCUUGAAAGAGUCAGCAAUGAAAUUGUUGACACCUGCUUGUACAAGGGAAGCCGGGACAAUAUGAGUGUCGUGUUAAUCUGCUUUCCUGGCGCCCCAAAGGUAUCUCCAGAAGCAGUUAAACGGGAGGCUGAGCUGGAUAAAUAUCUGGAGGCCAGAGUAGAAGAGAUCAUCAAAAAGCAGGGGGAUGAAGGUGUCCCAGAUUUGGUCCAUGUUAUGCGGACGUUAGCAUCUGAGAGCAUCCCUAACCUCCCCCCUGGAGGAGAGCUGGCAAGCAAACGAAGUGUUAUUGAAGCGGUGUACAACAAACUCAACCCCUACCGAAGUGAUGACACAGACUCUGCAUCCACAGACGACAUGUGGUAACACAACCUCCUACCACUAACACAGCAUAGAGUUUACAAACCACCAUCCUCUCAAGACCCACAGCAGCUCAGCUCAGCAGUCUGUCUCGCCGUCACUCUGAGCUUUUGGUUUCUAAGAAGGGAAUUUCAUGGGAGGAGGAGGAGGAAGAGGAGUUGCAUGCACACAAACCUGGAAUAGUGCAGCACCAGUCCACUCUGGAGUUCAGGAUCCUCACCGUCUUGUCUCCCAUUUAUGUUCACCCACCUAAAUACUCUCCUCUAAAGUAAUCCAUAACAAGUGAGUCCGCAAGGUUUUCUUUCUUUUUGUUAAAUAAUCAGCUUAAGUAGUACAAUUUUUUGCUGUAAUUAAUUUGAUUCACAUUUCCUUGUGUGUGUUUGUAUAUUUCUGUUUUUGUGAAGUGCAAUUGUCCUGUACAAACAGCCUGUAUUUAAUGCAGCUUGAUUUUAAGUUAAAAAAUGAAAGAAAUGAAAAAGAGAACCUUUUAUGCACUAUCUGCCUUUUCCUGCUCUUCUGGAAUUCUAACAAAUGUCUGUUCAGUGGAUAUUACUGCUUGUCCUCCAGGCACAAUGUCUCUGCGCUUUUACUUUUCUUUCGUUCGUUCUUUCUUUCUUUUUUUUCAGUUAGUCUAUGCUCCUUUAAGAAACGGGUAAAUUGUAUAGUUGACAGCACAGUAAGCUCUCUAUAUCAAACCAUUUAAAUCCUAAUUAUUUUUUUCCCUGUGCUUUUUUAUUGUAUUUUAUUUUUGUAAGUGGUUUUCUGUACAUGCUCAAAUAAUAAUGGCAAAGUGUUUCUCAGUUUGGAAGUGUGAAGCAAAAAAAAAUCUUUUUUUCAUUUCUUUGAGGCGUCUGAUGAAAAAAAAUACCCCUGUUAACACAUUUGUGUGUGCGGAUAGAUACUUGCAAGCGUGCGUGGGUGCUUGUGUGUAUGUAUGUGCGCACGUACGUUAGUGUAAAGGCAGAUCUGUGUGUGCGACUCUAAUUCAAAUUUGCUGAGGUGGUUCAGACAACAGACAAGGCUGGAGCUUAAGGGAAUUGCCCAGUGCUUACCCAUUGCCUGCCCCUUUUUUCAGCCAUUGUUCCAUAUCAACCCAAGACAGGCUCUCACUACUUCUUAUUCCAAAAAGCUUUGGAUAACAGAGUUUACAUGCUGUUACGCUAUUUGAACAACUUCAAGCUAUAUAUCAGAACUAUACAGAUAUCUGAGAUGACACAAGUAGUUCAAUUUACCCAUGGUGUACAAUGGUUUGCAGCUAGUCAGGUCUUGACUAAUUUACACAUCUAUUGUGUCAUAUUUUAAUAUUGCUUUCUAAACAUUCAUUGUUACCAGUGCCCACUGUGGGUGCCAUAUAAUUUAUGAUCAGUUGUUUCAGCUUUAUGACAGCCUAUGCCAAGUUUUUUUCCAUGAGAUUCAGUUUUUGUACGUGGUACAGAUAGAUUUUUAGCUUCUACCUUUAACAUUUGAUAAUUUGUCUGAUGUGAACCGUUUAAGCACUGACUGUUUUAGAGAAAAUCACCCAAUUACUAGUUUUAAGAUAGGAGAAACUGUUGACUCUAAAACUUACAAGGCUUUUUUUUCCACAUGCUCUUUAUUUGGACUUUCAAACCAAGAACAAAUCCACUAACUGCAAUGAGUUCUCAUGGUUGUAUAGCACCUUUUUAUUCCCAUUGGGUUUGCUCUGCUUAAAACCCUCCCCUUCGCCACCACAAGCCAGAGCACAAUACAGUUUGCUGCUAUAGUGUAUGAUCUGUGGGUUCAUUUUUUUCCCAGUUGAUUCCCCUCUUGAAAAGAUGAAUAGUCAUUGACUAUAUCUGUAUCUAACACACACAGUAGAUAUAUUUCUUGAAGAGAAAUGGUUUUAUUUCAGAUUUAUUUUCUGCCAUUUUUUGUCUAAAAUUGCAUUGUUGGAAAUUUAUGUAUGUAUAUAUUUUUGACUUAAACUUUCAAGGAAUAAAUCAUGUUGCUUGAGUUAGUUUUUUUUUUGCCAUGGACAAAAUGUGAUUCUGGUUUGUCUUGGGAUGGUUAGUUGAAUUUUUGUGUGUUUUGGCAAACAAAGGUGUCCCUCUAAUCACUUUGAUGUCCCUCUGAUCAACGCUGAGGGUUUCAUCUAUAUAAUACUCAAUAGUAGUGCUAAAUUUGUAAUUCUUCAUUUAUCAAAAUGACAAUCCUAACUAUUUCAUCGCUUUGUGGUGGGUAGCAAAUUAUAAAAUCUUUAACAAAGUACAGAUUUUAAAUUUGACUAUAAUCCUAAAUUAGCUGCUUCAUUAUAUGCUUUUGUGGCAAAAAGGCCAAAGACCACUCAGAAUUGCGAAGGCUAUAUUACAAGACGUAACAAUAUAAAGGAGAGCCUAGCUGUAACCCUGCAAAAGAUGUUAAAAGUGUUAAGGUAUUAGAGAGCAACUUUAUUUUGAAAUGUUUUGUUGUUAGUUUUUAAAGGUACUCUGUGGAGUUUUUGACCACUGGUGGUGCUGUAGAGAAAUGUUAUGAUAAGUGGAUCCUUGCUCCACUAGCACGUGCACAAGGACAAACGUACCGGACAAGCACAUGGUAUGACAUGAAAUGCACUUCUGCCAGCUACAGGAGGCAGCGAUGUGUGUCUCAACAGGUGGUGUCAUGGUAACUUGGCAUAGACGUGCCACUGAACCAAUUAGAGACAAUAACACUGUAAACUGAUGCAAAAAGUGCAGGCUUCCAAACAAAAAGAAAAGCCUUUGAAAUGUUGUGUGAGGUAUGGAAUUGUUUGAUAAGCCUUAAAGACAAUGUUUUAAGCAGUGAUGAAUGUAAACCUAACUACGUUCACAGUGGAAACUCCAUAGGGUACCUUUAAACAGUCAUCUUACUAAAAACAUGAAUAACAGUUCAGGAAAUUGAUUUCUUUGUGUUUGUUUGCAUGAAAAUGUGAUUUCACUGAUUAUUCCUUCCCAUGAAAAAGCAAAAAUUACAACAAAAAAAGAAAACAGCAGAACAGUAAAAAUGUCUUUCAAUUCACAUCUUUUUGGUUUACUUACACAUAGCCUACUACUGUACUCACAUCAUGUAAAACAAAAACUCAAUCUAUCCAGAGUGUUUGAGAAAAAACUCAGUGCGUAUAAUGCCUUGUUUUUAAUUUUAUUUAGUUAAGCAGUUUAUAUUUCCUCUGUAAGCUCUUUUUUUCUGCUGCAUUGCCUGUAUUUGUUAAGCAAGUGCGCUAAAUGUCUCUCUUAUCAAACAGUUUUCAGCACCCAGCUGCUUGUUGCAAAUCUGGUAGAUGUUGAUGACCCUUAAAGCAACAUUUCACGCAAUUUUUUUCUUCAAGUUUAAUAAAGAACAAACACAUUUCCUUGCAUCUUGAAGCCAUUGAUACACCCAUGCCACUGGACUGUCCUGCAUUUUAUCCCAGAAAUUGUACAAUUCAUGAUGUGGCCCUUAAAUGAUGCUGAGACUUAUUUCAGAAAAUCAUAUAUGUAGAAAUUAACAUUUUUUUAAGACAAAAUUGCUGUAGCUGGAAUGUUAGCAGAUUAUUGACAGUGACUUGGCUGUGAUUUGUCACAUCUGGGUGUUUUAUAUUAAUUCCCUUUCCUCAACAAAAAAUUUACCCAAAAAAAAGAAGAAAGAAAGAAAAAAAAAGAGAAAAAAUCCCCUCAAGCAUCUAUUCUCCUUAUUUUAAUUUUUCAUGAACUGAAAUACCUCAUAACAUUUAUAGGAAGUGUUUUUGUGUCAUGCUAUGUAGAUCCAAACUGUUCAGAAAGCAGUUCACUUUAAUCAGAGCCGUUUUCAUAUGGUUCUCCCCCUACAACAUUAUGAUUUUAACACUGAGCUAUUUAAGUGGGGUAAGCCUAUGCUCAUGUACAGUAUUGGACUGAAUAGUACAAAACAAGUAAUGAUUUAGGUGGCUACUGCAAAUGAUAACUUAUAUUAGUAACUAGGAACACUAUUGGCCUUGUCGUGUAAGCUGAUCCACCCCUCACAAACAGUGUCCUCAGAUGCUCACCUGUGUAAUUUCACCAACUUUUUCCACUUGUGUGAUGCUCACUUAGCUCCAGUCUAGAAUUGUUGAAAGUUCAGGGUUUUAGAAAUGUGAGAUGUGUGAGAAAAUAGGUGUGACUAAAUGACAAUAGUCAUAUGCACUGAUCAUCUGUAUAAUCAGCUUUUUUUUUCAGAAAAUUGUUAUUGUAGAAAAAAAGAAUAUAAAGCUAUUUACAGAGUUACCUUUGGUUGCCUGGAAUGCAUCCUGUAUAUUCUUGUACGGAGGACUACCUGGCAGAAGUUGAAGAGAUUUUAAAACGCUUGUGCCCUCUUGUACAUAUUGAUGUACCUCAGUGGUGGCGUUUACUGUGUGACCCUUAGCAGUGGUGGUUUUAUUUGUCCCCUUGCAGGGCGACCUGAGCCUCACUUUGCUGACCUUUUUCAGCUCAUAAAUAAGCUCACCGAUUUGCCUUACCCAAUCUCAUGUUGCCCCCUAAAGUACUUGUUCAACAAAACACUAUGAGGAGUAAUGCUGCUGACGUUACACUCUUACAGAUUAAAAACUGUCUCCAUGUUAGGGUACUUAAGCUAUCAACAAAGUGACUUUGUCCUGGUUGUCACAAGGUACAACUUUUCAACCAUUGCUGGUUUGUAUGCUUUUUUUUUUCCUAUCUUAUUGAAUUUCGGUAUUGAAAGCUUAUUUAACUUUCCACUGCAGAUGAUGUCAUACUUUUAACAAAUGCAAGUGUUUUAACAUGGUAACCUCGUAAGCAUUCAAAAUGUGCAUACAUACAUUCAUGUCUGCUAUAUUUAUGAUUACCUUCAAGAAUAGCUUUAGAGUGCUGUAGAUAAGUAUUGUCAAUGUUUAUUCAAAUGCUUCUCAGAGGCCUCUGUGAGUGAUUUUACAAAGUUCAAUAACUGUAUAUUUUGUAUUAUGUUCUAGCUCCAAAGGAAUGGCAAAAAAAGGAAAAUGUUUAAAAAAGCUUUGUUCCCUGAACUAAAUUGUACUAUUUGUGUUGUUGAUUGAACAAAUUGCAUUCCUUGCUUGUGAAUUGAUGCAUUUUUCUCCUUGCUCCUUAAAAAUUUUCCCCUUCUUUCCCUCCUUUCUUUCAUUUUUUAGCCUUUGAAGUUUGAAUAAAAUUUCUAGUUUGCAGAAUGUAUUACUAAA